AAGAUCGCAACUACGGCGCUCAAGAGCGAAGAAACAAGAAGGUACUCCAGGCAGAGACAGCGGGCAACGCGGGAUCGCUGAAAAGAGGUGGCGCUGCAAAAGAACCAGUAGGAAUAUAGCCGGCGGACAGUUAGUACAAGUACAGUAGAACUCGUGAUUGCCGGCCAGUUCUUACGCCCGACGGGAGGGGACUCGUGAGGGGCAGAUAAGAAGGGCGUAUAUGCAGGCCACGCCAUAUCUUUCAAUAUUGUGACAGCUAUUCAAAGGCACCCUGAUGGCCCUGAAUCAAGUCACAUAAGAUCCGGCUUAUCUUGAUAUAAGGAAAACGUAACCCAUUUGCUCUCGGAGAAGAGCUGUGUAAUUGAGUGUGAAAGAAGGAGGAUUUAUUCAAGUCGCUCACAAUGGGUGGCCAGCCGUCCAAGCCGAUCACCGCCGCGGAGAGUGAGAAGCUCAUAUUGGAGCGUCUCCGAAGCUUUAAGCUAGAAGAGGGGCAUUGUAUCAGGCCCAGUGACGAAAAGACUGAAGGGCACUAUGAAGAACAAUUCGUUCGAGAACCCGAGGGCUUGCCUGUGUCGUCGCUGGAAGUCUGGAUAGAUUCCGUGGUGAAGGAUCCUAAGAAUAGACUGGCGCAUGCCGCCUUGAGCUCGUCUGACCCGAAGCAAGCUCUCACUUCGCGAGCGACCAAGAUUGCCAACCAGCACGUCUUCAACGUUCAGAUCCCCUUUGAAGGCGACCCCAUCACCAACCAGCGGUCUAGCGGGCGCUGCUGGCUCUUCGCCUCGACCAAUGUCUUCCGCGUGGCGCUCAUGAAGCGCCACAACCUGGAGUCGUUUGAGCUGUCCCAGGCCUAUCUCUUCUACUGGGACAAGCUGGAAAAGGCCAACUGGUUCCUUGAGCAGAUUGUCCAGACGGCCAAGGACGACAUCGACAGCCGCGUCGUGCAGAGACUGCUGGGCGAUCUCGUCUCGGACGGCGGCCAGUGGGACAUGGUGUACAACUUGGUCGAGAAGUAUGGGCUUGUUCCCCAGGCCCUGUACCCGGAUAGCUGGAACGCCAUGAACUCGAGCACGCUCAACAGCAUCGUCAAGACUAAGCUUCGCGAGUACGCGCUCAAACUGCGGGAGGUGGUCAAUGGAGAUUCUGUCUCGCCCUCGGUCAUUAGCGGGCACAAGAUCCACAUGAUUAAGGAGAUUGCUCUCAUCAUGACUCUCCUGCUCGGACAGCCUCCCAAGCCGACCGAGGAGUUCACAUGGCAGUUCCUCGACAAGGACGGCAAAGCGCAACAAGUCAAGACAACACCAAAGGCCUUUGCAAAGGACAUCUACAGCUCCGAGUUCCGCGUCACAUCCGACGCCAUCCAGAGCAUGGUCUCGCUCGUCCACGACCCGCGCCACGAGUCUCUCCGCAAGCUCACCGUCUCUCGGCUGGGCAACAUCGUCGGUGGCCGCGACAUCACCUACGUCAACGUCGAGAUGGACACGCUCAAGUCAACGUGCGUCAAGCUGCUCAAGGCGGGCGUGCCUGUCUUCUUCGGCUGCGACGUGGGCAAGUUUAGCGAUCGAGUGGCGGGCAUCAUGGACCUGGAUCUGUUUGACUAUGAGGCGGGCAUCAACACCAGCCUGCUGGGCAUGGACAAGGCGCAGAGGCUGAUGACGGGCGAGAGUGCCAUGACGCAUGCCAUGGUGCUGACGGCGGUGCAUGUGGAUGAGAAGACGGGGAAGCCGGUGAGAUGGAGGGUGCAGAAUAGCUGGGGCACGGCGGUUGGCGAGAAGGGGUGGUUUGUCAUGAGUGAUGCGUGGAUGGAUGAGUUUGUGUACCAGGCUGUUGUAGACCCGAGAUAUCUCAGCAAGGAGGUGAGGGAUGUGUUGAAGCAGGAGCCUAUUGUGCUCCCGUUGUGGGAUCCUAUGGGUUCGUUGGCUUAGAGGGAAUAUAUGAGGAGUGCCGUGAGUUUGGCUUUUUUUUUUUU